AUGAAGAUUAGUCUGGCCUACACUUUGGCACGCUCUGUGUGGCAGUAUUACAACUCGGAUUGGAUGGGAUCCGGAUGGACAUCUAACACGAUCCACUUCAUGUUGGAGACAUUCAGUACUUCAAAUCACUCUUACAUUGACGUCAGCAAGCCAUGCUUCACGGUCCAGUUUCAAACUGCUACAGGCAUAAUACCAGAGUACGAUGGCUCGAAGGGUGUCGUUCAUCCACAUCCGCGUGUGGUAGCCCUUGGCAUGCUGUUAGUCCAUGUUGCAAACACAUCGUAUGACGAAGACACUGCCGCAGUCCUGGAAACGCAUGCGUGUGAAGCGAACAAAAGAUACGCAAAGGGGCGGAGAGCCUUAAGGGAUCAGAAUUGGCCAGAUUUUGGCAUCGCUGAUGCAGCACGACAACGUCUCCGGACCGAUUACAAGACAGCGACAGAGAGCUGUUUUGAUCGCAUGAUCUUUCGGGACAUCCAGAGCUCUCAAAGCGGGGCUGACCAAGUAGAGGAGCAUCGUAGGAUUCUCUAUGAAAGAGUUGUCUGUCCACUCGAGGAGAUCAUCGGAGACAUGGGGUGGAUGCACUCGCUGGACAAGAUUGACGUAAUUAAGUUCGGGAAAAUGACCAACCGCGACGAAGAAUCAUAUCACCAGCCAAAGUCAGCUCUGCUUAGUUAUAACAUAUCACGGGCCGCGGUACUAGAGAACGGUAGCGUGAUCGAGAGCGUGCAGCAGCCCCGACAUAGAAUCAGUCCACCUUGUUCCAACGCAGCGUUUUUCGAUGAUGAUUUGCCACCUGACGGUCAUACCAGUAAACUGUGA